AUGACAUCGCGAGAAGAUAGUGUCUUGGCCUCCAGAGACCCGUCUCUUACGGACGAGAACGACUGGGAAGAGUUCAGUCUGACCGAGGUCAGAGUCCUGGUUCCAGGCAAAUCACGCUAUGCAAAUCUCCUUGCAGCUUCCGAAGACAAUCCUGUCCAGGUCACUGGAACCCUGGAGGAGGUGGAAGAGGAGCAGGAAAGGCUCGUUCUCGAUCCCGACUACCUUGCCAAACGCAUUGUGCUAGAUAAUGUCACCCAUUACGCCUACGGACAACAUAAUGACGGCGAAGUUGGAUUCUGGGUGGCUGGUCGGGCGGGCUGGUUCUCCAUCUCGCCCGCGAGGGGUUAUCGGCCCAUGUUCAAUGACGUGGUGGAGGCCAUCGAUCUGUUGUAUUUCCUAGCCGAUAGGCAUCAAUCCAAGCGCCGGAAGGGGAAGAAUUGGAAUCCCAGCGUUGAAUAUCUCUGUGAGGAAUACGUUAACCAUACUCAUGGCAUCUGUGAGGAUGGGGAUGACUCCGCCGAAGUUUUCUACAAACAUCGUGCCUUUCUACUCUCUCGAAUGCUCAAGGGCGAGGAAGGCGUGCAAUGGACUAACACGAGUAUCUUUGAGCAUCUGUGUGAUAAAUUUCCAGAGGACUAUGAACAGAUUAAAGCCCUACAAGAACCGCCUGAGAACGAUCAAUAUGCAGAAAAAGAUCAAGAGGACGAUGUGAAGCCGGAAUCGAAGGCCCAUUCGCUGGAUCCGACUGCGGUCCCCAAAACCCAGGCAGAUACGGUAUAUCAAGUGAUCCUUGGCUUAAAAGAGGCGGGACAUUUGGCGAAGCGACAGCUGAACCUUCACCUUGUCGCCUCGACGUUGGUAGAGCGCUAUGAGAUCGGUAGUGUCGAGUAUGCACAGGACAUGAUAGCCUCCAGGGCCGAUACUAUCCUGGGGUUAAUGGAUGAUGCGAAGACGUCGAACUUCGAUUGGUCUCGCAAGGUUAUCUACCGAGAAUUGAAGGCUGCAGCGAAGAAAAACGGCCUGCAGCAUGUAACCCUCACUCCACUGCGGCCUCGAUCUUCGGACGACGCAGAGUCCGAAGAAGACAGCGACAAUGAAGAAGACCAACCUAAGCAACGAAAACGGCGCGUCCGCAAGUCGGUGUUGCGACCCAAAAGCUCUGUCGCGACAAAGCAAACCGGCAAGCGAACAAGACACAUCGCAACCGAGGAAGAAGAUCUAUCGGAUGACAACCCGGAUGCAAUGGAAGAGUUUGCCACGCCGAGCAAAGUUCGUGGCCACGAUCUCAUCCGGGAUCCUCUAUCGACGCGUACAAAACGCAGGACUCGCUCAAUCCUGUCUGACUCCGAGUCAAAUUCAUUCCAAAAGACACCGCUGCAGGACACUCUUCAGAGUCGAAACAAUUCUGUCUCCCUCGCUGACCAAGACCCCUCCGAUGCGGAUGCUCCCAAAGGCGACCACGACGGCGUAUCAUCUGAUACAUGGAUGUGCCAGAUUCGAGGCUGCGGGAAAGUCGUGUACAAAAGCAGCACGAAACGAGGAAAAGAGAUGAUCCAAGACCACUCAUUGGCUCAUGCCGAUGACACAAAAGCCAAAGUCGACCUAGUCUUUGCUGAACACCGACUCAACAUUGGCGUCCGCGUCGAUCAUCUCCUCAGCCAUAUCCAAGGGAUAGGAACCCUUGACGGACUUCCCGACAUAAACGGAGGGCCUAGCGAGACCAAUGGCACGGCCGGUAUAGGGGCAUAA